AUGGAAAGAAAUAAAUUUGGGACAAUUAAUAUCACAUUUUCUGCAUAUUCUAAAUUUAGUCUAUUUUUGGAUGAAAUUUCAAAAUAUAAACUUCCUCUUUCAACAAUGAAUAUAUCAGCUUGUAAUGGUUGCAAUUAUGACAAUGUUCCUGUUAUUUUGUAUUAUGUUUCUUAUUUUAUGCUUGUUUCUAAUAUUAGCUUACUAAAGGUUAUAGAAUGUGUUAAGGGAAAUAACGAUGAUCUUCGCAAGAUGCUAUUAUGGAGUAAACAAAGAAAUCUAAGUAUAUGCAUAUAUAAAGUUCUUCCUUUUGCAAAAAAUAUUGGUAUUCUUGAAUGGGAAAUUAAGCUUAGGAUUUAUGAAAAAGUUAUUUUGCAUUUUAAAACUGUUAGACAUUUUUUUACUGAUUAUUAUUUAAAUUCUAAAGAUUGGUUUCAAAAACAAUUAAAUUAUACAAGCACUGUUGUUAUAUCAAUGUUUGGUUAUGUAUUAGGUUUAGGUUUUGGUGAUAGACAUGGAUAUAAUAUGUUGAUAGAUAAAACAGAUAAAGAAAUUGUUCAUAUAGAUUUAGGGGUUACUUUUAAUCUGGGUAAAUUUUUGUUAAUCUCUGAAACUGUAUCAUUUCGUUUAAUAAGGGAUAUUGUGGAUGGUAUGGGUAUAACACAAACUGAAGGAAAUAAAAUUGAUGGAACUGAAAUGGAAAGAACUUUGUUAGUUGUGUCUCAGAAGUUGUUAAAAACAUUAAGUGUUGAAGCUAUAGUAAAUGAAUUAAUACAUGAAGCUAUAAGUUCAAAUAAUUUAGUGUUGUUCUACUGUAAAGAUGCUUAUUAUUAG